AAAUGAGGUGGAAAAUGGUGCAACGGUGUAGUACUUCUAAUAUAGUGUAAUAUUCAGAUUAUUGUUUAACAUUUCUAAUGGCAAUAUUUCUAGUUAUUGACCCUCAUGUUACAGCUGACUGAAUUGUCCAUGUGACAGUUUAUAAUGUCUAAUGUAGCAUAAUUUGAUAGUCAUGUGAUCAAUGAGACUUAGAUUGCAAGUUAUAUCUUAAUAAGGGAUUUUUCAAUAACAUGCACUUUGCUCACGACUGUUUUGCAAUUUAUCAAUUUUGCAAUGCAAGUUAUAUAGACUUGAUAUUAUGAUGUAAUCGUCUGUAAUUGAUCAUUAUAAUUACAUUUAUAUCAUUGAUAAUUAUGUCAUUUCUACAUCUAAUUUGCUGAAAAAAAGUAUAAUUAUGGCAGCUGUGUUGGGGUCUGUUUAGUUGCUUUUGUGCUUUUCGUGUUGAAACUUGCCUAGGAAUAUUAUUUUGUAAGCAAUGGGAUUUAAAUGUAUUUUGAAAGACAUAAAUGAUAGUGAAAAUGGGGGAACACUACUUUUCCAUAAUCAAGAUCGGGAUAUGGCCGAAAUGUGGCUCUGCUUUCCCUUGUUGCAUGUCAAAUGAUACAAGUUCUAAUAAGAGGAGACCAAGGCGGAAAAAAAUAGAUCCAAGUAUGAUAGGAGCACCACAAAAUUUUGUUCAUUUAAAUCACAUAGGCUCUGGAGAGCCCACAGGUUCAGAUAUGCAAGAUCAUAUGCAAAGUAAAGGCGGAUAUGAAGAAAAAUCAGAUGUUAAUGUUCAAAGGAAAUUAGAUGAUGUUCGGCCUGAAGGAUCCUAGCAGAACACUUCAUUCUAGCGAAGACAAAAUUUCAACAUGUAAUAAAACUACGUUUUCUGCGCAUCAGGCCUGCCUGCGAAGCGACAAACGGUGCAAUAUUAAAGACAGUUUACUAGUACUACUGUACCACAGCACAAUAA